AUGGGCCAAGGCGCAUCAAAGAUCUUCGGUAAACUCUUUAGCAAAAAGGAGGUUAGGAUCCUUAUGGUCGGGCUGGACGCUGCCGGGAAAACGACCAUUCUUUACAAACUCAUGCUCGGCGAGGUCGUGACCACCGUUCCCACAAUCGGGUUCAAUGUUGAGACUGUGGAGUAUAAAAACAUUAACUUCACAGUCUGGGACGUUGGAGGCCAGGAUUCGAUCCGACCCCUUUGGCGCCACUACUAUCAGAACACCGAUGCACUCAUUUACGUCAUAGAUUCGGCAGACCUUGAGCCCAAGAGAAUUGAGGACGCGAGGAACGAGCUCCACACUCUACUCGGUGAGGACGAGCUUCGCGACGCGGCACUCCUUGUAUUCGCGAACAAGCAAGACCUUCCCAAAGCAAUGUCUACGACAGAUCUGACAGAGAAGCUGGGCCUCCAAGAACUCAAGAAGCGCGACUGGUACAUCCAGCCGACCUGUGCUCGAUCCGGCGACGGACUCUACCAAGGGCUUGAUUGGCUUAGUGACUACAUCUUCGACAAGAAGAACAAGAAGAAGGGGAAGAAGAGAUAA